AUGGAAAUUUUUCGGAUUUUCCAUUCAUUUAUCUUACACGUAAAUCCCCCCGAGAUCAUCAAGAAGCCAGUCAACCAGGGAGUACGAGUGAGCGGCGUGGCAACAUUCUUCUGUGCAGCCCGAGGUGAUCCCCAGCCCACGGUGAUUUGGCGCAAAAAUAGCAAAAAAAUUAUGAGUAACCAAUCCCGGUACACGGUGCACGAUGCUAAUGGAGUUUCAAUGUUACGGAUCGAGCCCGUGCGUGCCGGCCGUGACGAUGCACCGUACGAGUGUGUGGCCGAAAAUGGCGUCGGCGAUGCGGUGUCGGCCGAGGCGACGCUGACCGUCUACGAAGGGGACAAAACACCGGUCGGAUUCCCGGUGAUCACCCAGAGCCCGACGAUUCGUGUAAUUGAAACUGGCCACACCGCCGUCAUGCAGUGCAAGGCGACCGGCUCGCCGCCGCCCAAGAUCUACUGGAUCAAGGAAAUGAAGCGUGUUGAUAUGACCAAUCCACGCUACAGCAUCAACAGUGAAGGAAGCCUACAGAUUGACAACAGUGAAGAAAGUGACAUGGGCAAGUACGAGUGUGUCGCUGAAAACUCCGUCGGCACGGAGCACACGAAACCGACGCCCCUGUACGUGAAGGUCCGCCGGGUGCCGCCGACCUUCUCGCGGCCGCCCGAACCCGUGUACGAGGUCAUGCUGGGCGCGAACCUGACGCUGACCUGCGUCGCCGUCGGCUCACCGAUGCCAUCCGUCAAGUGGCGCAUGGGCGUCGAUCAGGAUUUGACACCGGAAAACGACGUCCCGGUGGGGCGCAACGUGCUGGAACUGAGCAACAUACGAGUCAGCACUAAUUACACCUGCAUCGCCCGGUCGUCGCUCGGUGUCAUCGAAGCUACCUCCCUGGUCAAAGUUCAGUCGCUACCAGCCGCCCCGACGGAUGUCACGAUAUCGGAAGUAACCGCCACGCAGGUGCGGCUCGAGUGGUCCUACAAGGGCCCGGAAGACCUGCAGUACUACGUCAUCCAGUACAAGCCGAAGAACGCAAACCAGGCGUUCAGCGAGAUUAGUGGCAUCAUUACCAUGUUCUACGUGGUGCGCACGCUGAGUCCGUACACCGAGUACGAGUUCUACGUCAUCGCCGUGAACAACAUCGGUCGGGGACCACCGUCACUACCGGCUACCACGACUACCGGGGAGACAGAAAUGGAAAGCGCGCCGAGAAACAUUGAGGUGAAACCUUUAAGCUCGUCCACAAUGCUCAUUACAUGGGAACCACCUGAGACGCCUAAUGGACAAGUGACUGGAUACAAAGUGUAUUACACGACCAACCCGAAUCAAGCGGAGGCAUCGUGGGACUCGCAGAUGGAAACCAACGACAUGACGACGAUCUCGGAGCUAACUCCACAUGCCAUAUACACGAUUCGGGUGCAAGCGUUCACCUCCAUGGGUGCCGGUCCGCUGUCCAACCCGGUACAAGUUAAAGCCCAACAAGGAGUUCCCUCGCAACCGAGCAACUUUCGCGCAACCGAUGUCGGCGAAACAGCUGUCACCCUGCAAUGGUCCCGACCGACUCACUCGGGCGAGAAUAUCGUACACUACGAACUCUACUGGAAUGACACUUAUGCAAACGAGCAGCAUCAUCAACGCAUACCGAACACCGAGACCUACACCUUGAGCAGCCUCUACCCGGACACGCUCUACUACUUCUGGUUGUCGGCGAGAUCGCAGCGAGGCGAAGGAGCAACCACGCCGCCGAUCCCGGUGCGCACCAAGCAGUACGUACCCGGCGCACCGCCUCGUAAUGUAACUGUCGAAGCCACAAGUCCCACCACUAUCAACGUGUCCUGGCUGCCACCACCGGUCGAACGAUCGAAUGGAGCCAUAGUUUAUUAUAAAGUGUUCUUCGUCGAGGUGGGGCGAUCGGAUAGCGACGCCACGGUAACGACCCUCAACUCGACUAGCAUCGUCCUGGACGAGCUGAAGCGUUGGACGGAGUACAAGAUUUGGGUCCUCGCUGGAACCUCCGUCGGUGACGGACCUCGAUCGUACCCGUACACGGUUCGCACUCACGAAGACGUGCCCGGAGAUCCGCAGGACGUCAAGGCGAGCCCGGUCAACUCGACCACCAUCUACGUGACGUGGAAACCGCCGAAGGAGAAAAACCGGAACGGCAUCAUCCGAGGCUACCACAUCCACGUGCAGGAAAUGCGCGAUGAGGGUAAAGGGCUGCUGAACGAACCGAUGAAGUUUGACGUGGUCGACGGCCUGGAAUACAACGUGACGGGCCUGCAGCCGGACACCAAGUACUCGGUCCAGGUGGCGGCUCUCACGCGCAAAGGCGACGGUGACCGGAGUGCACCGAUCACAGUCAAAACACCCGGUGGCGUUCCGAUCCGUCCCACGGUCACCCUGAAGAUACUCGAGCGUGAUCCGACCGUGUCGAUCGAGCUGGAAUGGGAGCGCCCGAAGCAAACGUACGGCGAGCUGCGGGGCUACCGGGUGCGGUGGGGUGUGCGGGAGCAAGCACUCCACGAGGAGGUCCUUCAGGGCACGCACCAGAACGUGAAGCGCAUCAGCGACCUCGAGCGAGGCGUCGAGUACGAGUUCCGGGUAGCCGGCAUGAACCACAUCGGGAUCGGACAGGAAGCGGUCAAGCACCUCCAGACACCGGAAGGCUCACCGACCGGGCCACCGACGAGCAUCGCGGUGCGCUUCCAGACCCCGGACGUGGUGUGCAUAACCUGGGAACCACCGACCCGCGAGCAUCGGAACGGGCAGAUCACACGGUACGAUGUGCAGUUCCACAAAAAGAUCGACCACGGGCUAGGCACCGAGCGGAACACGACGGUGCGAAAGGCCGUGUUCACGAACCUGGACGAGAGCACCGAGUAUGUGGUGAGGGUCCGAGCUUACACCAAGCAGGGUGCCGGGCCGUUUAGUGAAAAGCUGAUCAUAACGACGGAGCGCGAUAUGGGUCGGGCUCCGUUCUCGGUACAAGCCGUCGCCACGUCCGAGCAGACGGUUGAGGUGUGGUGGGAACCGGUUCCAUCGCGUGGUAAACUCGUCGGGUACAAGAUCUUCUACACGAUGACGGCCGUCGAGGAUCUGGACGAGUGGCAGACGAAGGUGGUCGGUGUGACCGAGUCGGCCGAUCUGAUCAACCUGGAAAAGUUCGCCCAGUACGCGGUUGCGAUCGCGGCCAUGUAUCGAACCGGACUGGGAAAGCUAAGCGAGAAGGCGACGGUGAAGGUGAAGCCGGAGGACGUGCCACUCAAUUUGCGUGCCCACGACGUCAGCACACAUUCGAUGACCCUAAGCUGGGCGCCACCGAUCCGGCUGAAUCCGAUCAACUACAAGAUCUCGUUCGAUGCGGUCAAGGAAUUCGUGGACUCGCAGGGCAUCUCGCAGAAGCAGAUUCUGCCGCGGAAGGAGAUCGUUCUGAAGAGCCACGUCAAGUCGCACACGAUCAACGAGCUGUCCCCGUUUACGACGUACUUCGUGAACGUGAGUGCCAUCCCGACCGACUACACGUACAAACCGCCGGCCAAGAUUACCGUCACCACACAGAUGGCCGCCCCGCAGCCGAUGGUGCAGCCGGACUUUUACGGCGUGGUGAACGGCGAGGAAAUACAGGUGAUCCUGCCGCAGGCCUCGGAAGAGUAUGGGCCGAUCUCGCACUACUACCUGAUUGUCGUGCCGGAGGAUAAGGCGAACCUGCACAAGAUUCCGGACCAGUUCCUAACCGAGGAGCUGCUGACGGCGCGCCCCAAAAUGGAGCGCCCGAAUGCGCCCUACAUAGCGGCCAUGUUCCUGCAGCGCAAUAUCCCGUACACGUUCCACCUCGGGUCGGGCGAAACGAACCACAAUUUUACCAACAAAAAGCUCGAGCGCGGCAAACGGUACCGAAUCUUCGUGCGGGCAGUGGUUGACACGCCCCAGAAGCACCUGUACACAUCCAGUCCGUUCUCGGAGUUUCUGGCGCUGGACAUGAAGGAAGCACCGACCGGGGAGCCGCCCCAUCGACCGAACCCGAACGUGAACCCGGACCCGGAGAUUUUGAUCCGUGGCAAGAACGAGGAACCCGGCAUCCUGUGGGUCGUGGGACCGAUCAUUGCGGCGAUGGCCCUAUCGGUGUGCUUCCUCGUCGUGUACUUUGUGCGCCGUCGACGGCAACCGUGCAAGGCGCCCGACCAGGCAGCCGUCACCCGGCCCCUGAUGGCAGCCGAUCUGGGUGCGGGACCCGCACCAACCGAUCCGGUCGAUAUGCGGCGGCUUAACUUCCAGACACCCGGCAUGAUUAGCCACCCGCCGAUACCGAUCUCCGAACUGACGAACCAUGUGGAGCGGCUGAAGGCGAACGAUAAUCUAAAGUUCUCGCAGGAGUACGAAAGCAUCGAGCCAGGCCAACAGUUCACGUGGGACCACUCGAACAUGGAGGUGAACAAGCCGAAGAACCGUUAUGCCAACGUGACCUCGUACGAUCACAGUCGAGUGAUUCUGCCGCCGGUCGAAGGUGUGCCUGGGUCCGACUACAUCAACGCCAACUACUGCGACGGCUACCGGAAGCACAACGCGUACGUAGCCACGCAGGGACCGCUCCAGGAGACGUUCAGCGACUUCUGGCGCAUGUGCUGGGAGCUGAAGUCGUCCACGAUCGUGAUGAUGACGCGGCUCGAGGAACGAUCGCGCAUCAAGUGCGACCAGUACUGGCCGGCCCGCGGAACCGAGGUGUACGGCGCGAUGACGGUCACGAUCACGGAAACGCAGGAGCUGGCCACCUACUCGAUACGCACGUUCCAGAUCUACCGCAACGGGAGCAAUGAGCGGCGCGAGAUCAAGCAGCUCCAGUUCACGGCCUGGCCCGAUCACGGCGUGCCGGACCAUCCAGCGCCGUUCCUGCAGUUCCUGCGGCGCACGAAAUCGCUCACCCCGUCCGAGUCGGGCCCCAUCAUCGUGCACUGUUCGGCCGGCGUCGGGCGGACCGGGUGCUACAUCGUGAUCGACUCGAUGCUCGAGCGCAUGAAGUACGAGAAAACGAUCGACAUCUACGGGCACGUGACGUGCCUGCGGGCCCAGCGCAACUACAUGGUGCAGACGGAGGACCAGUACAUCUUCAUCCACGACGCGCUCAUGGAGGCGGUCAUCUGCGGCAGCACGGAGGUGCCGGCCCGCAGCCUGCACAACCACAUCCAGAAGCUGAUGCAGACGGAGCCGGGCGAAAACAUUACCGGCAUGGAGAUGGAGUUCAAGAAGCUGUCGAACGUGAAGGCCGACUCGACGCGCUUCGUCACCGCCAACCUGCCGUGCAACAAGCACAAGAACCGGCUGGUCCACAUCCUGCCGUACGAGUCGUCCCGCGUCUGCCUCACGCCCAUCCGCGGCGUCGAGGGCAGCGACUACAUCAACGCCAGCCUGGUCGAUGGAUACCGGUACCGUAACGCUUACAUUGCCGCCCAAGGACCGCUGCAGGAAACGGCGGAGGACUUCUGGCGAAUGCUCUGGGAGCACAACUCGACGAUCGUGGUGAUGCUGACGAAACUGAAGGAAAUGGGACGGGAAAAAUGCUUCCAGUACUGGCCGCACGAACGCUCGGUGCGCUACCAGUGCUACGUGGUGGACCCGAUCGCGGAGUACAACAUGCCGCAGUACAAGUUGCGGGAGUUCAAGGUGACGGAUGCCCGGGACGGGUCGUCGCGCACGGUCCGCCAGUUCCAGUUCAUCGACUGGCCCGAGCAGGGCGUGCCAAAGUCGGGCGAGGGUUUCAUCGACUUCAUCGGCCAGGUGCACAAAACGAAGGAACAGUUCGGCCAGGACGGCCCGAUCACGGUGCACUGCAGUGCGGGCGUCGGUCGUACCGGUGUCUUCAUCUCGCUCAGCAUCGUCCUCGAGCGCAUGCAGUACGAGGGCGUGCUGGAUGUGUUCCAAACCGUCCGGAUACUGCGCUCGCAGCGGCCGGCCAUGGUGCAGACGGAGGACCAGUAUCAGUUCUGCUACCGGGCGGCGCUCGAGUAUCUCGGUUCGUUUGAUCACUAUGCGACCUAAGCGGGGAGAGACUCCCGAGAUUUGGCACCGCCCCGAUCACCACCAUCAUCAUCAUCCGCAACCG